CACAGUUUGGCACCUGUGGAUAAAGGCAAACAUACAUAUUUACCUCCCGCAGCUUUCACAUUGUCUAAAGAAGAGAAACAAGCCGUAUGCAACUCAUUCGCAAAGAUGAAAGUGCCUGAUGGGUAUUCAUCUAACGUUCGAAACUUAGUGUGUAUGGAAGAAUUAAAGUUAAUGGGUAUGAAAUCGCAUGAUUGUCACACGUUAAUGCAACAAUUACUUCCAAUUGCCAUUCGAUCAGUCUUACCUAAAAAAGUUCGACAAACUUUGACAAAGGUUUGCAUAUUCUUUAAUCAAUUGUGUGGGAAAGAAUUAGAAAUGAAGAAAUUGAAUUCAUUGCAUGAUGACAUAGUUAAAACUCUAUGCAAUCUUGAAAAAUAUUUCCCUCCAUCAUUCUUUGACAUCAUGAUACAUUUGAUGGUCCAUCUAGUAAGAGAAGCGAAGUUGUGUGGGCCAGUUUGGGCGAGAUAGAUGUAUCCAUUUGAACGAAAUAUGAAGGUAUUGAAAGGUUACGUGCGUAAUCACAAUCGGCCUGAAGCUUGUAUGGUUGAGUGUUAUAUAUCAGAGGAGGCAGUCGAAUUUUGCACGGAGUACAUACCAGGAGUUGAUGCAAUCGGACUUAGCAAGCCACGAAAUCAUUCAAACGGGGUUGAUAGAGGAUUACGAGGGAAAUGAUCAAUGGUGAAUGUAUCUAGAUCAGAAUUGGAUCAAGCUCAUUUGCUUGUGCUUGAGAAUAACCCUGAAGUCCAACCAUAUAUAACUGAUCACUUGGAAUUAUUACAAUCAAUGAUUCCAACUAAGGUCAAGAAUAAACAGAGAUGGGUACUAGAGGAGCAUCGUAAAACAUUUAUUGGAUGGUUAAAGAAUACCAUUCUAGCUAUUGAUCAUGGUGUGUCGAAAGAGUUAGAAUACAUAUCGUUUGGACCAGAUACUCAAGUAAUAAAGCAUCAUGCUUACAUUGUGGGGGGAAAAAGAUUUCAUACAAAGGAAAGAGAUGAUGCUCGAACAGUUCAAAAUAGUGGAGUAAGUAUUGUUGCAGAAGCAAUGCAUUUUGCAUCAGCAAAGGACAGAAACCCGGUGCAAUCCCCUAUGACAUAUUACGGGGUUGUUGAUGAAAUUUGGGAGCUUGAUUAUGGAUUGCUUCGAAUUCCACUUCUUAAAUGCUCUUGGGUGGAGAAUAAAGGCGGAGUUAGAACAGACGAACUUGGUUUCACUUUGUUGUUUUACGGACACCAGAGCGACAAUAUUUAG